UCUCUCGCCAACCAAUCGACUCAUUUCCAUUUUUGGUACUGUCAAAAGAAAAUCACAUAUGUCUGCUGAACUACAGUGGUAAAAAUUCAACUAAAAAUAAACAAAAACAACAACAAACUUUACAAAACAAUUAUCAAUUAAUAAAACAUUUCAAAAGUACAAUAAAUUUUUUACUCAUUAAAAACUUUUACUCAUCAACAAAUAUACAGUGUUCUAAUUGUCCUAAAAAAUUCAAGAAUUUACUAGAAAAAAUUUUUCAUUGUUCUCUUAUUACAAAAAAAAUAUUGUAUUAUUUUUUUUUAAUUAUUAAAAUAAUACAUAAUAUUCAUACUUAAUAUAGUGACAAAGGUAUAAUUAAAAAACACAAAUGGCAAUGCCAACACAAUUUCAAGUUGCUCAUGCACCAGUCCAGGGUACCAUGGGUGGUGGAACUCAUUUACAUGCACCACAAUCAAUUUUUCAACAUUUAAUGGGACAAUCAAAUCCUCAAAAUCAACCUGGUAAUUGGGGUCAAACACCACAAAUACCACAAAUGUAUAUGCCAUGGAGUGUUCCAAAUCUUCAACAAUCACAACUUGUUAAAUUUACUGGUGAAAAACAACAAUUAACACCAGCUGUUACAAAUAUACAUCAAAAAAGAAAAUUAGAUUUUCCAGAUGCUACAGAAUUUCAACAAUCAAAACAAUUUAUAACUGAAGAAAAAAUGGCAGCACAUUUUGGAAAUAUGCAUAUCAGUUCAAGUUUUACAUCUCCACAAAUUCCAACAACAACAGUAUCUGAAUCACCAACAGCUAUAAAUUCUGAUAUUGAAUUAAAUAUUGAUGGUACCUCAGCUGCAGUUGAUGAUGGUAAAUGUCCACGUCUUGUUAUGUCUGAGGAAUUAAAACGUCUUCAACAAGAGCCACUUUUACCUGCAUCUCUACUAUCAAAGCUUGAUAGACCAUCAAUGGCACUGGUUCUCUGGGAACCACCAAGUAGACACUUGAGAAUGAUAUCGACAAGACAAUCAACAAGUCCAACAAUGUUAUCAACAUACACAACUGAAGAAGAAGAAAAUAAUAAUAGUAAUAAUAAUAACAACAACAGUAUUGAUAAUAACAAUCAACAAAUAUUAAAUUUAAAUCAAUCAGUUGAGCUUGAACCUAUGGAUCUUUAGAACCUACGAAUUUUAUUUUUUGAUUUGAUUCAAAGAAAACAACAAAAUUAUAUUUGAGUGUAUCAAAUUACUGACAAUAUUAUGUGAGUGCAUUAUUUUCAUAUUGAUUAUGUUUAAACUGCUGCUAAUUAAUUAUAAAUUAUUUAGUUUUUUUUUUUUUUUUUUUUAUUAAAACUUGAUUUAAAAAAAAAAAAAACAAAUCAGUAAAAUUAGAUUGUUAAUAGUUCAAAUUUUUAUAAUUUUCAUACAUUGAAUGUUUUUACAAAAAAAAAAAAAAAAAAUAAAUAAAUAAUUUUCAAUUAAUUGAAAUUAAUAUAAAAAAUUUUUUUUACUAUCGUGAAUAGAAAAAUUAGAAAAAAAAAAAUAAGAUAAUCACUUGAUUAGAUAUUUUAGUAUGGGUUUAAUACCUUGUAAUAUUUAAAGUGGCGCAUUGAGUUGUUCAAGUCUGAGUGUAAUUGAAUAUUAAAAGAGUAAAUGAUGUAAUGUAGAAAAAUGAUAAACAUUAAUUUAAAAU